AGAACCCUACACCUGUGGCGCCUGUGGGAUCCAGUUCCAGUUCUACAACAACCUGUUGGAGCACAUGCAGUCCCACGCAGCUGACAAUGAAAACAACAUCACCUCCAACCAGUCCCGAUCACCACCUGCUGUUGUGGAAGAGAAGUGGAAACCUCAGGCCCAGAGGAACAGCGCCAACAACACUGCGACCAGUGGUUUACCACCCAACAGCAUGAUCCCCGAGAAGGAGCGGCAAAACAUUGCAGAGCGGCUGCUGCGGGUCAUGUGCGCUGACCUGGGUGCACUGAGCGUGGUCAGCGGGAAGGAGUUCCUGAAGUUGGCCCAGACCUUGGUAGACAGUGGCGCCCGCUACGGGGCCUUCUCGGUCACUGAGAUCCUGGGCAACUUCAACACACUGGCUCUGAAGCACCUGCCGCGCAUGUACAACCAGGUAAAGGUGAAGGUGACCUGUGCCUUGGGCAGCAACGCCUGCCUGGGCAUUGGUGUCACCUGCCACUCGCAGAGUGUUGGCCCCGAUUCCUGCUAUAUCCUCACAGCCUACCAAGCCGAGGGCAACCACAUCAAAAGCUACGUUCUGGGCGUGAAGGGCGCAGACAUUCGUGACAGUGGUGACCUGGUGCACCACUGGGUGCAGAACGUGCUGUCAGAGUUUGUGAUGUCGGAGAUCAGGACAGUGUACGUGACAGAUUGCCGGGUGAGCGCGUCCGCCUUUUCUAAGGCCGGCAUGUGCCUUCGCUGCUCAGCCUGUGCCUUGAACUCGGUGGUGCAGAGCGUGCUGAGCAAGCGGACACUGCAGGCCCGCAGCAUGCAUGAGGUCAUCGAGCUGCUCAACGUGUGCGAGGACCUGGCUGGCUCCACGGGCCUCGCCAAGGAGACUUUUGGGUCGCUGGAGGAAACAUCACCUCCGCCCUGCUGGAACUCGGUGACGGACUCGCUGCUGCUGGUACAUGAGCGCUACGAACAGAUCUGUGAAUUCUACAGCCGGGCCAAGAAGAUGAACCUCAUCCAGAGCCUCAACAAGCAUCUGCUCAGCAACCUGGCAGCCAUCCUGACACCAGUGAAGCAGGCAGUCAUCGAGCUGAGCAAUGAGAGCCAGCCCACCCUGCAGCUGGUGCUCCCCACCUACGUCAGGCUGGAGAAGCUGUUCACGGCCAAGGCCAACGAUGCAGGCACUGUCAGUAAGCUGUGCCAUCUCUUCCUGGAGGCCCUCAAGGAGAAUUUCAAAGUGCACCCAGCCCACAAGGUGGCCAUGAUCCUGGACCCACAGCAGAAACUGCGUCCUGUGCCGCCCUACCAGCACGAGGAGAUCAUCGGCAAGGUCUGUGAGCUCAUCAACGAGGUCAAGGAGUCCUGGACCGAGGAAGCCGACUUCGAGCCCACUGCCAAGAAGCCCCGUUCUGCCACAGGUGAGAACCCCACAGCUCAGGAAGACGAUCGGCUGGGGAAAAAUGAAGUGUAUGAUUACCUGCAGGAGCCCCUCUUCCAGGCUACCCCUGAUCUCUUCCAGUACUGGUCGUGCGUGACCCAAAAGCACACAAAACUCGCCAAACUCGCCUUCUGGCUCCUAGCUGUUCCAGCCGUGGGGGCCCGGAGCGGGUGUGUAAAUAUGUGUGAACAAGCACUUCUCAUCAAAAGGAGGCGACUGCUCAGUCCAGAAGAUAUGAACAAACUCAUGUUUCUGAAAUCCAACAUGCUUUAAGACUUUACUUUGAGG